UAGUGGAUAAAACCACAGAGCAGCUUGGGCUCAGUCACAACUCCUUAAUUUCAGACAAAGGAGGCAGCCAAAAAGAAGAAAAACACAUGCACGCUUUAAAAGACAAAACAUCUGUUUUGGAGAGCAUUGGACACCUUACCUUUGGAGCUUGUUUGUUAGGAUUUAUUCUCUAACUUGGGACCUUGUUGGAGCUGAGCUGUGGAGAAAUUCUCUAUUGGAUUUCAUUUUUCUGGUUUGCAGUUUUGCACAAUGUUUCUUUUACCUGUAACAUCGUGAGGAGUACUGUAGCUUCUUGCUGAUUUUGGGAUGUCUGCUAUCAACACUUUGGUGCAGCAGAGUUUCUUCUAAUUGUGUUAAUGUGUGUGCGUCAGAAUGAGUGUGCCCAUGCUGAAGAUCGGUGCUGUGCUCAGCACCAUGGCUAUGGUAACAAACUGGAUGUCCCAGACUUUGCCUUCACUGGUUGGACUCAAUGGAACCAUCAUUUCCCCUGAUGGCACACAUGAACGGAUCAUUAGUGGUUUAUACCCUGGCUCAGAGGAAGGCUGGCAGGUGUACAGCACAGCCUCAGAUCCGGACGGCAGGUGUGUUUGCACGGUUGUCGCCCCUGCUCGAAACCUGUGCAAAAGAGACCCCCGGAACCGCCAGCUACGCCAGCUAACUGAACAGGUGCAGAAUGUGAGUCAGUCCAUGGAGGUGGUGGACCUGCGAACAUCAAGAGACCUCCAGUACGUCCGAGACUCUGAGCCUCUGCUGAGGGGAGUUGACGGUCGUUUGCACACUUAUGUGGCCAGUCCCCGCACUCUGACUUCCAAGGGCCUCCAGGAGUUAAAGGGCCAGAUGUCCCAGCUAAGGCCGCUCUUGUCAGUGGUGGAGCAGUACAGAUUGGACCUGCAGACGCUGGCCACCUUACGAAUUGAGCUGCUCAACCUAUCGAUCAUCCUGACAGCUAUCCAGGAGGAGGUGGGAGCCUACGACUAUGAGGAACUUCAGCAAAGGGUCUUAAUGCUGGAGACAAGGCUGCACAGCUGCAUGAACAAACUGGGUUGUGGUCGCCUGACUGCAGUUAGCAACCCAAUCACCGUGAGGGCCUCGGGAUCCCGCUUUGGCUCCUGGAUGACUGAUGCCAUGAUUCCCAGCUCCGAAAGCAGGGUGUGGUCAAUGGAUGGCUACUAUAAGGGCAGGCGUGUGCUGGAGUACAGGACUAUGGGGGACUUCACAAAAGGUCAAAACUUUGUGCAGCACCUAUUGCCCCAUCCCUGGGCAGGAACUGGCCAUGUAGUCUACAAUGGAUCACUCUAUUACAACAAGCACCAGAGCAACAUUCUGGUUCAGUACCAUUUCCGCUCCCGCAGUGUGUUGCUGCAGCGCAGUCUUAGCGGAGCUGGAUACAACAACACCUUCCCCUACAGCUGGGGAGGAUCAUCAGACAUAGACCUGAUGGCUGAUGAGACAGGACUAUGGGCGGUCUACACCUCCAUCCCAAAUGCAGGAAACAUCAUGGUAAGUCGCCUGGAUCCCCGUUCCUUGGAAGUCCUCCAGAGUUGGGAUACAGGUUUUCCAAAGCGCAGUGCAGGGGAGGCUUUCAUGAUUUGUGGCACCCUGUACGUCACCAACUCUCACCUGGCUGGUGCCAAGGUCCACUUUGCCUACAACACCAACACCUCAACAUACGAGUAUACUGACAUCCCCUUUCAUAACCAGUAUUCCCACAUAAGCAUGAUGGACUACAAUCCUAGGGAGAGGGCGCUUUACACCUGGAACAACGGGCACCAAGUGCUCUACAAUGUCACUCUGUUCCACGUCAUCCAGAGUGACGGAUAAUUGGACUCAAUAGGAGACGUUAAAAUGUAAUUUGAUACUACAAGUUCAAACAUGCACAGAAACACAUACACUGGUCAUCACAUGGUUAAUGGAAAUUUAAGCUGUAUGUAUUCAAAUGUGAAUAACUUACAGAUGCAAUACAUUGUUAUUGGACACUUGUCUGAAGGUCACAGAAGAGAUUUCAUCCGGGCACUAAUGUUGUUAAGAAAAAAUAAGAAUGAAUGUUUUUGAGCUCAGUCUUAUUUAAUUUCCUUUUGUUCCAUUUAUAUAUUAGGAGAUUUUUUUGAAGAUAAAAAUACAGAGUAAACUGGAUUUGAAGUCACUUGAGCAUCAAGUUUUGACGAUAAGCCUGCUGGAGGUAUUAGGGGCUUGUAAUGUGAUUGUGGAUAUGUUCAGUCAGCAUGGUUGUUCAAUUAAUAAACUUUACUGUCAAACCUUGCUAACAUUUCUUUGUUAUCUCUAUUAUGAAGCAGAAUGAAAUUCAACACCAAUUGUCUGUUUCUGUGUGUAUACAAUAUUGUAUGCAAUAUAAAAUUCAAACUCAAAUCUAAUUUUAAACAAAUUAUCAGAAAAUAUGCAUGGCAUGGAAUCAGGUUUGUAUUCGCACCACUUUUGAUAUUGGUUCCACUCAUUAAUAGCAUGAUAUUAAUAAAACUUAUUUUUUUUAUUCA